UGGCCGCGACGGUGCAGUGCCUCUGGGCUUCCUGCCAGUGGCGUCUGAUUACAACAUGAGCACGCGCAAGAGAGCUGUAAUAAACAGUAUUAUUUACUUGUAUGGAGAAUCGCUGAGUGGCGUUUGCUCCGGUAUGAAAGCGUGAGUUAGAGAUCUCUUGUUUCUAACUGAUUCUAACAUAUCCAUGGAUUUAAAAGAAUCGGGAAGCGUCGUUUUAACCGCCUACCAUUCAUUCACUGCCUCAAGGAUACAUUUGGUCGAUGAGCGCUAUGAGCCGUAUGAGUCUCCUGCUAGCAGGAAAGCACAGAAUCUGGGAAUUGCGAGGAUGACUUCGGCAGGAGCGAUGCCUCCCUCUCCUCCUGAACGCUCCAUAUCCCAAGACUCUCAGGAUUCCAUGCAGGAUUACUGGAGCGAGAUGAGGAACAUUGAGGAGGACUACCAGGGAGGUCAGGAGGAGAUGAUGGAGAAGGGCAGCAGUGAUGAAGCGGAACUGGAGGAAGCGUGGCUUCACGAAGCUGGUCUCUCCCCACUCGUGUCCGGAGCGAUCGUUGACAGUCCUGCCGAGGCUCUCCUUUCAACACUCACUCGCUCACAGGCCGCCAUGGUGAAAAAACGCCUAGACAACUACACACAAACCCUACGCAAAAGAAACAAGCAGGCCAUACGCCAUGUCCGGGAUGUCUUCUCCACGACUGACACAUCGACUGUUGAACCAACUCCCACAGUGUCCCCAAAUGGGACAAUUACACCGAUACUGCCACAUUGGAUACCUCCCAAAGACUAUGUCUGUAUGCACAUGUUUGCUGUAGGUAACCAGUCAUGCCCAGUGUUCUCCCCUGUGGAGAGCAGCAUGUCAGAGUGUCAGCUGGAGCCGAAUAUCUUGUCAUUUGAAGUACCAUACUCCGAGGGAGUGACGGCUCAUCGGAAAGGCCACGACCGCCUUGACUGCCAAAGGAUCUGGAAAGGAGACAAGGAUUUACCAACAUUCCAGAUUGUGAAGCCUAAGCAAGGGCUGACCAGAGUGCAAGACUUGUCCUCAGAAGACAUCAAGAAGAUCGGCUAUAUCUGUCUGAUAGAGCUAACCACAUUUUACGAUGCCCUGGGCAUUGAGCUGAAGAGGAAUCGGGAAGUUCGUAGAAAGGUGCGGGAAUCUGGCAUAUUUGGAGUUCCCCUGACUACAUUGCUGGAAAAUGACCAAAAGAAAUUUCCUGGCUCUAAAGUUCCCCUUGUUUUCAAAAAGCUGUUGUCGAAGUUGGAGCAGACAGGGCUGCAGACGGAAGGAAUUCUCAGGGUGCCUGGCUCUGCCUCUAGAGUAAAGCACUUGCGUCAAGAGCUGGAGGUGAAGUUUUAUGACGACAGUUUUGACUGGGAGCAGGUGAGACAAAACGAUGCAGCCGGUCUGCUGAAGAUGUUCAUCAGAGAGCUGCCGUACCCCCUGCUCACACUGCAGCACCUUCCUGCCUUCACCGCCGCACAAAAUAUCGCACCACACAAACACCAACUGCAGGCUCUGCACCUCCUCAUCCUGCUUCUGCCCGAAGCUAACAGAGACACGCUGAAGGCUCUGCUGGAGUUUCUAAGGAAGGUCGUGGCAUACGAGGAGAAGAACCGUAUGAGUCUGUGGAACGUCUCCAUGAUUGUGGCGCCGAAUCUAUUCACGGUCAGGGGAAAGAAGGCCAAGCAGGAGGAGAUGCAGGGAGCAGCAGGUGCAGCUCACCUGGUCCGCCUUCUCAUCGUCCACCAAGAUCUCCUGUGGACGGUGCCUUGUUUCCUCAUCUCGCACGUGCGAAAAAUGAACGAAGCUUCCGUGAGUAAGAAGACUCCCAGCUCAGAGAAGACUAAAAGGAAACUGCUAAGGAGACGCAACACCGACCGAGACAAAGAAAGGAGUGAGCUCACUGACCUUCGUGAAGGGGUCAUCAGGGUGCAGGCACCACUACAUGCCAAGAUCUCCAUGGCGAUUCAGCUAGACAGUAAGACGAAGGCUCGGGAUGUGAUGUCACGGUUUGAUUUCGAGAACGGCCAAACGUCUCGAAACAGCAGCAGAAAACAGAAGCAUUAUUUGUUUGAAGUUGGAGGGAAUAUAGGGGAACGCUGUCUUGAUCCGGACACUCACUUGCUAGAGGUGUAUCGUGUGAAUCCUCACUGUGAAUGGGUCCUGAAGUCCAGAACAACCUGAGCAUAUUUACACUGCUGCAACAGAUCAAAAAAAAAGACACUACAGCUGCAUCUCAUUUGUGCUCAUUUCAGGAUAUGGGUCAUGAAAACAGGAGAUUGGAGAAGCUGCCCCUCUUUCCAAAAUCACUUAAAAAACAAGUUUGCAACAAUGGAGCUGAGACAACCUCACUUGCCCCUUUUCAGAUAUUUAGAAGGAUUUUGAUUUAUCCGUCAAGCCUUUGUGUGGAAAGCUGGAUUUGAGACAGGCGCUCUCCAGAAAGAGGGCUUUACUUGUUUGUUUGGGGGUUUUUUCUCUGCAGCUUGCGUCACACAGGAUGAACAAUGCAAUGCUGGCCAUUGAGAUUGUUCGAUGCCAGAAACUUUUGUUGAUAUAAGGCCACUGUUGAAGCAUGUUUUUUCCAAUGCCUACACGGCCACACGUGUUAAAAAAAAAAAAAAAAGCAUGUACAUAUAAUAUUUAUACCACUAAUUUAUCCAUUUAUCUUGAGAUUUUACCAUGUAAACCAUAGUUGGUUUUGUAUUACACUGACUGCAUGCUUGCGAUUAAGCCAUUUGAACUUUCUAAACGUUAUGAAUAGGUACAGUUAUGCAUAAUGAUCACACAGUAAGCAUUAUUUUACCAAGUGAACUUUUAAAUGCCAAUUCACAACGCGCUUGAUAUGGAUUCAGUAGCUGUGCUGCGUGAAACCCAACAGGCUCUAGUGACUGCAGGAUUCCUGUUUUAAGCACUACAUUAUGAAAACGUGUUGCACGGUAACCCACGGACUGUGAAUUUUUACAAUGCAAAUGAGGCUCUGAAGUAGAGAGUAAUAAAUAUGUGGUCAAACAGG